AUGGCUUCAACCACCAAACCCAAGGGAUUCUACUCUGCUGGCUUCUGGACAGAGUACCUCUCGACGCAGCGAACCAAGUUGCCUGACUUGGCGGACGUUAGCAAUGUAUCUCCUUGCGUUGUGCGCUUUCUCGGCGGCAAUCCAGGAGACAUGCAACUCCAAGGGACCAAUACCUAUCUCAUAGGGACUGGAAAUAGUAGGAUUCUCGUUGAUACUGGCGAGGGAUUCCCUCAAUGGGCCGUAAAUGUGACUCGCUACCUCGAAGAUCACGACAUAUCCAUCUCUCAUGUGCUUCUCACGCACUGGCACGCGGACCACACAGGCGGAGUGGCAGAUCUCCUCGCCCACGAUCCCAGCAUAUCAGUGCACAAGCAAAAGCCCGGCAAAGAUCAGGAACCCAUCGCAAACGGGCAAAGAUUCGAGACUCAGGGUGCCACUCUACGAGCGAUUUGGACGCCCGGGCACACAGCAGAUCAUACCUGCUUCUUGUUAGAGGAGGAUAAUGCGCUAUUUACAGGAGACAAUGUGUUAGGCCAUGGCUACAGUGUAGCCGAGUGCCUGGAUGAGUACACCAAGAGUCUCCGUCUAAUGGCAAGCUUGGGAUGUGCUAUUGGGUAUCCUGGGCAUGGAGAUGUGAUACGCAAUCUGCCACGAAAGAUGGUAACGUACAUCGCACAGCGAGACUCCAGGGAGAAGCAAGUGUACGCCGCAUUACUGGAAGAAGCUUCAUCCGAGAGCAACAGAAGUAUUGGUAGCAGCAGUAGAAGUGGCAGUAGCUAUAGUGGGAGCGACUAUGGUAGUGGCGACGAUGAGGAGGGUGAUGAGAUGGGGACGGCAAAAGGCCUCUCGACGACGGACAUCAGUCUUCGUCUAUACGGAGAUGUGUCCAAAGAUCCAGUCACAUUCGAGUCAGCCUUGAAGCCUCUACUCAAUCAGGUGCUGUUUAUGUUGGCGGAUCACGGCAGAGUUAGUUCUAAGCUGGUAGGGCCAGAUAAGACGCGGCAUUGGUUUGUCAAGGGCUCGACAUAUUAG